AUGUCGGAGACGGCACCAGCUGAGACCGCGGCCCCGGCCCCGGUGGAAAAGUCUCCCGCCAAGAAGAAGGCGACGAAGAAGGCGGCGGGUGGCGCUGCCAAGCGCAAGGCCUCUGGGCCCCCCGUGUCCGAGCUGAUCACCAAGGCGGUGGCCGCUUCCAAGGAGCGCAAUGGGCUGAGCCUGGCUGCGCUCAAGAAGGCGCUGGCGGCCGCCGGCUACGACGUGGAGAAGAACAACAGCCGCAUCAAGCUGGGGCUCAAGAGCCUGGUGAGCAAGGGCACCCUGGUGCAGACCAAGGGCACCGGCGCCUCGGGCUCCUUCAAGCUCAACAAAAAGGCUGCCUCCGGGGAGGCCAAGCCCAAAGCCAAGAAGGCUGGCGCCUCCAAGGCCAAGAAGCCCGCCGGGGCCACCCCCAAGAAGCCCAAGAAGGCCGCGGCAGCCAAGAAAUCAGUGAAGAAGACCCCCAAGAAGGCCAAGAAGCCCGCGGCCGCCGGCGUCAAGAAGGUGGCCAAGAGCCCCAAGAAGGUCAAGGCGGCAGCCAAACCCAAGAAGGCGGCCAAGAGCCCCGCCAAGCCCAAGGCGGUGAAGCCCAAGGCGGCCAAGCCCAAAGCUGCCAAACCCAAGGCAGCCAAACCCAAGGCGACCAAGGCCAAGAAGACCGCGGCGAAAAAGAAGUAG